AUGGAGAGCAAAAGAGAAGAUUUUAAGAGCUCCUUCUGCCAGCCUUGGGAAGGUGGAGAUAUAAUCCUUAUAAGUGAUACUGAUGAAAGGGUAUAUGCUUCAAAAUCUGUUUUAGAAAUUGCAUCACCAGUUUUUAAAACUAUGUUCAACUCAGACUUCCUGGAAAAGACAAAAACAGAAAUUCCGCUACCAGGAAAAACUACAGAGGACCUGGUUUGCUUCAUGGAAGCCAUACAUCCCCUUACGUGGAUAGAUAUUACUGAGGCAAAUAUUGAUGUUUUAUUACGCCUGAGUGAUGAAUACCAGGUUGACAAGCUGAUGAAAAAAUGCAAAAAAUACCUAUCUGCUGAAAAGCCAAGCCUGGAGAACUUUAUUCGAGCAAAUGAAUAUGAAUUUGAAGAUGUCAAAAAGGACAAUCUAGACUUUCUGAUCUCUGAACCAAUGUUUACAACCCUAGAAGCACAUCCAUGGUUUCCACGGUUACAGCAGAAUCAUCUUAUGGAAAUAAUGAGGAAGAAAUUAGCUAUGUUGGAAUUUACAAUCUGUGCAACAUCAAAACCAUUUGAUGAUGGGGCUAUUCUCUUAAAAAGGAAAACAAGAGAGCUAGAUCAAGUCCCAUCACUCAAGUGUUCAAGUUAUUUUUCGACAAAUCAAUAUGAAUGUUCAAAUAGGUUGUCGACUACCAAUAAACUAGGACUGUGUGAUCAUGGAAAAGAGGAUCUUAACAAAAAGAUGAAAAUGAUUCAUGUAAAAUGCAAUAAGGAAUUUGGUGCAACAUCAAUUCAUCAUUACAAUAAAGUGUAAUUGGUAGGUUCACUAUAGGUUCACUUUUGGUUAAAUCUAGGUGCUCUAUUCAUGUAUGUAACACAUUGGCCGAAAACAUUAUAAGGGGUAACAAAAUUUCAAGGAGCAUAAUAUACAUGUACAUCUGACCUAUAGCCUUUAUAUUCCUUAUGAUCAAAAAUAUAACAUCUCCAAUUCCAAAAGUCUGCUACUACUCUAGGGGCGAGAAGGAAAAUUCUCAAUAAAUGGUGUAUAGUUGGUUUGGCA